GAUAUGCACGACUCACUUGGGGAUAUUUUAAAGAAGAUUGGGACCAAGGAGACUACGAAAGAGGGUCUCGUGGCUCUUUACAAUUUUCGACUAAAGCAUAAAGAUGUGGACAUAGAGCCUUUUCUCGAGCAGACGUCGGAUUUCUUUCAAAAAUAUAUCGCUCGAGGUCUCAAAACUAUCGAAGACGAACGCAAGAUUGAUAACACAGAAAAUAUCGAAGUGCGACACACCACCGCAUAAACUACGG